AUCCACCAUUGACCCCUCAUUGCAUUGAUUGAUUGAGGGAAAACUAAAGUCGAAUCGUGGAGUCUGCGCCAGUCCACUGCCUGCUAUUCGCAAUUGGUCUUGGUCUCUUGUUGAAUUAUGACUUGCAACAGUCAAUGUUUGUUGAACUGCGCAUUGUGAUUGUCACUUGAAGGACCUGCACUUGUAUGCGAAGUUUGGCGAUCACAUUGGAAGCUCUCGCUGCCUCAUUCUCUCUCUCAUACCUAUCUACCUGACACGUCCAUCUCCCUUCCUACACUCAUACCUACCUAACCUCAGUCCACGCAUUACUUUCCCGUUCCCUUAAACCUCCGCCGACCGUCCGACCCAGCUGAUCACCAUGCCGGUCACCGUCGUUCUGGGCGCCCAGUGGGGCGAUGAAGGCAAGGGCAAGCUGAUUGACAUCCUCUCCCAGUCGGCCAACAUGGUCUGCCGAGCUGCCGGCGGCAACAACGCAGGGCACACCAUCGUCGCCAACGGCGUCACCUACGACUUCCACAUCCUCCCGUCCGGCUUGAUCAACCCCUCCUGCGAGACCAACCUCAUCGGCGCGGGCUGUGUCGUCCACAUCCCCAGCUUCUUCAAGGAACUGAAGGCGCUGGAGGAAAAGGGCCUGCAGGGGGUGCGCGACCGCAUCAAGAUCAGCCACCGAGCCACGAUCUGCUUCGACCUCCACGCCGUCAUCGACGGCGUCGUGGAGGACCACCACAAGAAGGUCGAGGAGGGCAAGGGCAUGAUCGGCACCACCCGCAAAGGCAUCGGCCCCAGCUACGGCGGCAAGGUCACCAGGAAAGGCGUGAGCAUGUGGAUGCUGGUCAACGAAGAGCAACAGUGGGAGAAGAAGCUCCGGGAGUUUGACGCCGAGUGCCGGAAACUCUACGGCGACGCCGCGCUGCAAGGCUACGACGUCGAGGACGAGGUCUCCAGGCUGCGUGGCUACCGCGAGGAACUGCGCAAGUACGUCGUGCACCAGGUCCCGCUGCUCGCGCAGGGUCUGGGCCGCAUGGGUGUCGCCGAGAAAUUGCCCGAGGGCGAGGCUGCCCGACAGGCCAACGUCUUGAUCGAAGGCGCCAACGGCGCCCUCCUCGACAUCGACCACGGGACCUACCCUUACGUGACCUCCAGCAACACCGGCCUCGGUGGUGUCCUCACGGGCCUCGCGGGCGUGGGUCCUCGGACUCUCACGUCCCCCGGGAGCAACGUCGUCGGUGUGGUCAAGGCGUACACGACGCGAGUCGGUUCCGGCCCUUUCCCUACAGAGCUUUCCGCCGCCAUCUCCCCCGUCGACGCGGACUACGGCGUCAAACUGCAGGAGAUCGGACGAGAGUUUGGCGUGACGACGGGCCGGAGACGGCGGUGCGGCUGGCUCGACCUGGUCUGCCUCAAGUACUCGGCGUUUUUGAACGAAUACACGCAGUUGAACCUGACGAAGCUCGACGUGCUCGACUCGUUCGACGAGAUCAGGGUGGCGACGAGCUACAAGCUGGGCGGUGUCGUCAUGGACGACUUCCCCGUCGCCCCGGAGGAGUUUGAGAAGCUGGAAAUCACAUACAAGACCUUCCCCGGCUGGAAGACGAGUACCACGGGGUGCAAGUCCUUCGAGAGUUUACCGGCCAAGGCCAAGGAGUACGUCGAGUAUGUUGAGCGCGAGGUUGGCAUCCCGAUCAAGUGGAUCGGUACAGGACCCCGCCGAGAAGAUAUGAUUGUCAGGUAGUUCUCGCCCCAUAGAAGCAACAAGAUUUUUGAGGAUAUGGAGCAGUCUGCGGAUGUUUCAUUGAAGAAUUGCAUUUGUACAUAUGCGGUCUUUUUGGGCGGCCAACUGCCACGCCAAAAAGUUUUCAAGAAUGCUGGAAGCAUGGGUAUCUUACUCCUCCGCCGCGCGCUAGAAUAGACUAAAACUGGGAAUUUGUCUGGUCUGUUUUAUUUUUACAGGACCGCCACUAC